UUGCUGGAGAAAAUCCUUCUGUGCUUAAAUUUAGUUUGAAGUCCCUCGCUGGACCUGGGCCUGACUGCAUAAGAGAAAUAUCAUCUCUGCUUUUUUAGGACAUUCUCCCCUUUCCUUCACGGAACUCUCCCGGAGCUCUGAGGAGCACAAGGGAGGUUGGACAGUGUGGGCUGGUCUGGGCUCAGGUGUGUGACCAAAUCAAUCCCUCCUGAUCAAGGCAGAGAAUUCCAGUUGCAGAAAAUCCCAAUUUCAGUAAAUUCCAAUUUCAGCGAAUUCCAGUUUCGGAAAAUAUUGGUUUCAGUAAACACCAAUUUCUGUAAACAAGAAUUUCAGAAAAUUCCAAUUCCAGUAAAUACCAGUUUCAGAAAAUAGCAAUUUCAGAAAAUUCCAAUUUCAGUAAACACCAGUUUCAGAAAAUCCCAAUUUCAGUAAAUACCAAUUUCAAUAAAUUCCACUUUCAGAAAAUCCCCAUUUCAGAAAAGCCCCGUUUCAGAAAACUCCAAUUUCAGUAAAACCCAACUUCAGAAAAUCCCAAUUUCAGAAAAUGCCAAUUUCAGUAAAUACCAAUUUCAAUAAAUUCCACUUUCAGAAAAUUCCCAUUUCAGAAAACUCCAAUUUCAGUAAAACCCAACUUCAGAAAAUCCCAAUUUCGGUAAAUACCAUGUCCUCUGACCCUAAAACUAAAGCCCAAAAGCAAAGGUUUUUUUUUCCCCAGAGGUGCUGGGCAGGUUCCAGAGCCUUCCUGCAGGUCCAGCUCCAGCAGGAGCUCCCGGGGGUCCCUCCGUGGGACCCUCGUGGCCGUGCCCUGCCCUGGGGUGUGCCCUGCAGGACCAGCCCCGCUGGAAUUCCGUGCCAGGGGCACCCCGGGCAUCCUGCAGAGCUGGGCAGGGGCUGAGGCAGCGCCUGGCAAACUAAAUUAUGGAUCAAUGGGAUUUGUUAUCAGGAAUCGUGGAGCUACACUGAGAUUUGGGGGUGAAAAGGAGCUUUGAGCAGAAGGAAGGCAGUGGAGUGUAGGGAGAGACCAGCCCAUUGUAUAGAGAUGUUCCUCCUGUUGGGGUUUUGGGUAUUAUUUCCUUUUUUUUUUUUUUAAAUUUUAAUUUUAUUUUAUUUUCCCUUUUCUUUUUCUUUUUUUUUUUUUUUUUUUUAAUUCUACUUUAGAUCUGCAAGCUUGUGCACUGUGGGUGCGUGACUAUUUUAGUGUGAACCGUGUUUUUUGUCAUAGUAUUGAAAUAAUAAAAGCUUCAACAUAGUUUGGAUGUGGAAGGUGUAGCGCUAGUUCAGAUUUGAGAAACAAAAACAAAAAUAAAUAUUCAGGAAUUAAAAUAAUUUAAACAAAAAAAAAAAAAAAACAGAAAGAGAACAACUCUUACAAAGAGCAGAAGCCUUUAAAUGAGAGAAGCGAGCCGAGGUGACUCUGGUGUUCCCAGAAGGAGAAGGGGCUGUGGAGGCUGUGUCCGUGGAUUCCUUGGGAAUAUUCGCUCUGUUCAGUGGCAUCACACCAUUUCCAGCUGUGAGAAGCAAUGCUCUUGUCAUUUGCUGAGUGUGGGGUUUCUUGCAUUUUGUUUCGCUCAGCUCCUGGGGCGCACGGGGAGGGCGCUGGGGGCGCAGGCUGAGGCUGCCCCGCCCGUCCCGGCAGGAUUUUGGGCAGGACGGGGCCUCGCCCCCAAACCCAGCCCCAAACCCAGCCGUCACAGCAGUGUCCCUGACCUCUGGGGACCUUGGUCCCGAGGAUUCCUUUCUUUUCCCCCAGGAAAUGAAUCCAGGAACGCAGCUGGGCAGCAGUGGUGCCUCCAUCCCUUUUUGUGCCGCAUUCUGGCUGGUUUUGUCACCCGAGCCCCCAAAGCUGAGCAGCUGGUGGGAAACACGCCACCAUCCCCAAAAACCUGCCCAGGGACCUCCCCCAGCACCUGCCAGGCGGGGACAGGGGGAGCUGCCCCACCUGGAUUGGCGUUUCUGUCCCAAAAGGGGACGAGCUCAGAGCCCAGCACCCGGUGACAGUCGGGGGUGGCACUGCCUGGGCUUUAAGGUCCCUUCAAUCCCAAAGCUCUGGUUUGGGGUGGAUGGGCGAGUUCCUUUCAGUGAGCCCUCCCCACACCUGUGCUGGGCUUCCACGGCCCCCAACAGCAAAGAAUUCCAGAUUCCAUUUCCACCUGCCCCGAGCCCAGGCAGCUGCAGCCUCGGGGCUGUGAUCUGUCCCCUCGAGGGGACCAGCCUGAGGGUGGUGGCACUGCCGUGGCUGCUCCGGGGUUGGUGGCACUGCCGUGGCUGCUCCGGGUUGGUGGCACUGCUGUGGCUGCUCUGGGGUUUGUGGCAUUGCCGUGGCUCUGUCUGUCCAUCCUGGGGGUCGGUGGCACUGCUGUGGCUCUGUGUGUCCAUCCCCAGGGUUGGUGGCACUGCCGUGGCUGCUCCGGGGUUGGUGGCACUGCCGUGGCUCUGUGUGUCCAUCCCUGGGUUGGAGGCAUUGCUGUGGCUCUGUGUGUCCAUCCCUGGGGUUGGUGGCACUGCCGUGGCUCUGUGUGUCCAUCCCUGGGGUUGGUGGCACUGCUGUGGCUCUGUGUGUCCAUCCCCAGGGUUGGUGGCCCUGCCGUGGCUGCUCCGGGGUCGGUGGCCCUGCCGUGGCUGCCCCCUGCCUGUCCCCAGUGUCACAGGAGCGGUGCCAUCUCGUGCUGCACCAUUCGUACAGGUGACAAUAGUGCGUCCCGCCCGUCAGCUUCCAGAGUGGCGUCUCCUUUUCACACUUUUCUAUGGAGCCUUCAAACCCCACGUCUUUCACCACCAGGCUGUUUUGAUAGUUGUUCUCAGCCCCUCCAUGGCCAUCCUUCCCCAGCAUUCCCUACUUUUGGGGGCCUUCUAUCUUGUUAAAAAAAGAAAAAAACAAAAAAUCUUUUUACCGAGUGAAACAUCGACUCCACCUUUAUCCCCAUUCUCACUGGUGUAAUACUGAUACUAACUGAGGAUUUUGACUUUGCAUUCUGUCAGAAUACUGUGUUCAAAUAAAACUACAAAAAAAAAAAAAAAA